AUGCGUGGCUUCUUUCUGCACGAUGUACGCCCAAUUAGGAGUGUAUUGGCGGUCUUCUUUAUUGGGUGCAUUUUGAGCGUAUCGGCGAGAGGCGUCGCCAGAAAAGACACUCUUCCGUCGUUGCGCGUUAAGACACAUCCUACACUCGAUGUCACCGUUGAACCGGGGGACCAAUGGUACGAAUGUGGAGAGUUUCCUGGCGGUUUAGCGGGUAGUGACCCAGGCGGAUACUUUGCAUAUGAACACGAUACUGAGCUAGAGGUCAAUUGUUGGGAAUUGGAUAACACUGGCGAAUUGUACUUGAAAACUGUCGAGGACGAGUGCUUCAUUCGGGAAUACUUCAUCUUCUACAAUGAGACUCUGGAUAUUACGUACGAGGAAGCUUUACCGCGGUGCAAACCACAUCGACCGUUCCAAGCUUGGUGGGGAAAACCAGGAAACCCUGACACUGGAGGAUCUCCAGAUACGGAUUUAGGACCUUGCUAUCACUGUCCAGAUCGAGAUUGCAACACCUCGGAUGUGGAUUAUUUGAUGCUUCAUGUAUACUGCUGGCUCAAUGGAACGGAUUUUAAUGGCAGCAACCAGUGGUGGCGGCACGCACACCAAAGCGACGAAUAUGAAAAGUGUUACGUCCCAGCAGUGAUCUUUGAUAGAAUAUCCUAUAACGAAACUGGCUCUGGUGGCAGAUGUCCGCGCUGGGACAAGCCUAUGGAGGAGGCGAAACUUAGAUAA